AUCCAGCACCAGCAGACACGUGGGCAAAACGAUGAGGAGGAUAAUGAGAUGCGUGAGUACUUCAGAAAGAAGAUUAAGAAACAUAAGAUAGAGGAAGAAAUGAGGGAGAGGGAAGCCGAGGAGCGAAAACGGAAAGAAGAAGAGGACAGGAAAGAGGCUGAUAGACUCCGAGAAGCUGAAGCUCGGGAAGCCAAGUUGGAGGCCAAGAUCGUCCGGAUGAUGGCUCAGCAAAGCAAAGUCGGGGGCGCUUCAUCUUCACAGGUGCUAAGGAGGAAAUCACCGAAUUCGAAGGCACAUAUGUUGAGAGAGAUACGGAGCUAUAUCGACGAAUCGGAGGACGAUAGCGAAGAGGUGAGGAACGAGGCAGAUCGGCUGAUUGAGGCGAUCGAGAAAAGGAAGGGUAAGCGGAGGGUCGCCGAAGCACGCGGAUCUGGAGCUAAGAAGAGACAACCCGUAGUACAUGACAUAUCUGAUGAGAAGAACACCCCACCCCCGGUGAGGCGAAGGCUGUUGGCAGAUGCAACAAGCGGAGAGAUGCUGGAAUAUGCGUUGGAGAUGCAUCGGCAACUGUCCGAGAAGAAGGUGCCGAAGUUACGGACACUGUGUAAAGACGAAGGGGUCGAAUGGACGAAGAGGGACAGCGUUAUUCGUGAACUGAUCCGGAGCCAUACGAAGAUGGCAUACGAUGAAGAUUUGAUUUCACCUAUUAGAAACAGGUAAGGCAUGAGGAUAGAAGGAUGGAGGACCUUCGUGUGGCUAUGAGUAACAGGGCGCUAAGAUUCAAGAACGAACAUCAGAGGUGGGAGGUGGAGAUCGAAGAUGAUCUGAGAAGACGAUUCAUGCUAUGUGUGUUGAGAGGAGAUUGCCCGUGGGCUAAGAAGUGGGUAGGGGUGAUGAAUGAAGCAGCCAAGGAGCG